AUGCCCAACGACGACGCAUUCAACAAGUCCUCGGCACCGUCGGAAGCCCCGCACACCUCCGGGGCACCGCCGCAGAGCAAGACGGCGGUCUUCGGCAAAGUGGCGGGGGCUCUGCUGGUAACCUCGGGCGCCGGAGGCAGCGGCGGCGGCGGCGGCGGUGGCGGUGGCGGCAGCGGCGGCGGCGGCGGCGGCGGCUGCUCGGGGGCGUCCGGCGGGGGUGCCGGGAGCAAGAAGUCUCCGCGGCUGCCCAAGUGCGCGCGAUGCAGGAACCACGGCUACGCGUCGCCGCUCAAGGGCCACAAGCGCUUCUGCAUGUGGCGGGACUGCCAGUGCAAGAAGUGCAACCUGAUUGCCGAGAGACAGCGCGUGAUGGCCGCGCAGGUGGCCCUGCGAAGGCAGCAGGCCCAGGAGGAGGAACUGGGGAUCAGCCACCCCAUCCCGCUGCCCACUGCGGCUGAGCUGCUUGUCAAGAGAGAGAACAAUGGCAACAACCCUUGUCUGAUGACCGAGAACAGUGGCUCCUCGCAGCCUCCACCACCACCACCACCACCACCACCACCACCACCGCUGCCACCAGUCAGCACCGCGACCGCUGCAGUUGCAGAUGGACGCAUGGUCAUCCAGGAUAUUCCUGCUGUCACCAGCAGAGGGCACGUGGAGAACACACCUGACCUGGUUUCAGACCCCACCUACUACAGCAGCUUCUAUCAGCCGUCGCUGUUUCCUUACUACAACAAUCUGUACAACUACCCGCAGUACUCCAUGGCACUGAGCGCCGAUGCCUCUUCCGGGGACAUGGGAAACCCCCUCGGGGGAUCCCCGGUGAAGAACAGCCUUCGGAGCCUUCCAGCACCUUAUGUACCUGGUCAGACAGGAAACCAGUGGCAGAUGAAAACCUCGGAGAACCGCCACCCUGUGAGUUCCCAGUACAGGAUGCAUUCUUACUACCCGCCUCCUUCCUACCUGGGCCAGAGCAUGUCCCAGAUCUUCACCUUUGAGGAUGGCCCUGCCUACUCCGAAGCCAAAGCGAGCGUAUUCUCGCCGCCCAGCAGUCAAGAUUCUGGCUUGGUCUCCCUCUCCAGCAGCUCUCCGAUCAGUAACGAGAGCACAAAGGGAGUGCUCGAAUGUGAGCCGGCCUCAGAGCCCAGCAGCUUUGCGGUCACUCCCGUCAUCGAGGAGGACGAGUAAGCGGUGCCCAAUG